UGGUCCACUCACCUGCUCACCGUGCAUGGCUCGCUAACUAAACCAAGUCGCACUUACACACUGUUUGUGCACCAAAUAGCCAUUGUGGUGGGAUUUCUUUGCGAAGAUUGGUUUGAAUAAGAACAGAGUUUGGGAACACUGUCAGUGGGCCGGCCCUGUGAUCCAACCCAGGCAGCAUUGCACCGCGACGGUGCCUUCACCCAGUGGCUGGCUUGAAAGUAUUGGUAGGCUUUGGGAAGCCUAGUACUAGUAGUAGUAUAUUCGCUAGGACUAAUACUACUACAGUACUAGUGGCUGUGCCCUGGCCUGCGUCUCCCGCAGGAUCUAAUCCCAUUCGAUAAAGUCAGUUCACCACUGCACUGCUAGGUAUUUAGCUACUAGCAUCGUGCCUGCCUAUCCACCGCCUGAACGAAAGAAUUCGUGAGCAUGUCGAUGAAAUUUGCCCCUCACCAUCUGACGGUGCCCGAUGGCUUUGCUGAGCUCCUGGAGAGUUUGACUCGUGAAAUCCUGCGUGAUCAGCCCGAUAAUCUGGUGGACUAUUGUGCAGAGUAUUUCCAGAGAAGAUUAGAGAUCAGGGACGGUAAGCAUGAUCUAGAUCAUAUACCUUCGACUGCACCGGGCAAGCCCCGCAAAUCAGGAGAGAGCAAUCAUGUUGGCGCUGGUGAAGAUGAACUAACCACUAGCUCUGCCCCAACGGAAACCGGUGACGAGGAGUCGGCUGCAACUGAGGAGGUGAUUGACAUCGACCUAAAUGAUCCUGAGGUGCACGCAGCUGCCUCCAAAAUCCAGACUGCCUUUCGACGGCAAAAGAAAGUGGAUUCAAACGUGCCAGAAUCCGCAGGAGCUGCAGCAGUGCCAUCGGCAGCAUCACCUGAAGUACACAUGGAGGAGCAAGAACAACUUACAGAUGAAGCAGACGUUACAGGCGAUGUUGACAGCCAGGAAGACACUGGAGAUGAUGAAGUAGCUGAAGAUGAAGAUGAGCUGGAGGAAGAAGAAGAUGACGAAGCUACUGCCCCUGGAAGCAGGGAGGAAGAAUAUGACGAGCAAGUUGGAGAUGAGGGUGCGGAAGGUGCCGAAGAAGAGGAUGACGAUGGUAUUCGUAAUGACGGAGAAGAAGGAGAAGAGGACGAGGAAGGAGAAGAGGAAGAUGAUGGUGGUGAAGACAUUGAAGAUGACAACUCACCUGUCCCAGAGGAUUAGUGUCCAACACAAGUACUAGUACCGGUACUAGUGUACAGUGUCCAACACAAUCGGUGACAUUAGUACUAGUAUUCUAUGAACAUCCAAACUACCAUCCAAGCCACCAUUCAAAACAAUUUAUGGACAGGACAAUUGAACUGUAACACAUGUGAAUAUAUUUUGCUUGAGUAUUUGAGCCAGCUUGCAAGUAAAUAAUAGCUGUGUCUGUGUGACCAUCUUGUCAACUUGUUUUGUGAUACAAUAUAUCCAGCUGGUGGCUUGUACAACGGCAUUAGUGAGUCCCUCGAGUCACACUUUUCAAUGUCAGCGGGGAUUUUUGAUUCUCAGGGCUAAUCGACGUGUUGCAGCGUAGUUCCUAUCUCAUCAUGCCUCUGUGGAUAUUAUAGUGUUGCGUAGCGUAGAAUUGCUGCAAUGAAUUGUAAGCUGUUUUGUUCCUUUCCUGUCAUGAAGUUUAGGCAGCAUGUUCUAGAUGGAACUGACUAGGUUUAAUUUAUUGAAAUGUGGUCUCUUGUUUUGAAACUGGAUUUUUAUCCGAUGAAAACAAGCGCAAAGACAUAACUCUAUAAUUCUCGACCAUAUAACCCGUGAUGAGUUUGACAAACUGUGGGUGAACCUGAAGAUGGCCCUUGCCCGAAAACUCGGAUGCUUUUAUCUUUUUCUUUCAGUGAUUGGUGUAGCCUAGAGACGUUU